AGAAAAUGAGGGCGUUCUCUGAAGUCUUCACUGCUGUGUUAUUACUUGGACUGGUGACCGCUAACGAAGGUCCAACCCGACACCUCCGUAGCCGCCGGGCUGCUGGUGACCUAUGUAGGAUGGCCAAAAUGGAAAUUAGUAACGAAUUUUCCUGUGUUAGGAUCCUCUUUUACGGUAACAACUGUGGACCCUUCAGGGGAAAUAAGCCUCCUAUUGAUCCCAUAGACCAGUGCUGUGAUGUGCAUGAUAGAUGUCUGCAUUACUACAAGACAAUGUGCGAUGUCCCUCGAUUAAAACUGUAUUUCAUGAAAUAUAAUUGGGGCAUUUCACCCCAUGACGGACGCCCAUUUUGUCCUCAAGGAGGUCAUCCCUGUGAUAGCAUGUGCUGUCAGUGUGACUUGGAGGUCGUCAGAUGCAUAGGACAUUCAUUACACGCUAUGUCUAUGAUGUGAUCCCGGUUUCUGGGAUGUUGAUUUCAUUUCCUAAUCGUACCUUCAAAGACAACUUGGAUUCUUUAUGUGAUUGAAGCUUUCAUUUCAUUGGCGUGCAUUCCAUAUGCGAUUUCAGCUUACAAGGACAUGUAUUCCAUAUGUGAUUGCAGCUUGCAAUGAAUUGCAUUCCAUUUGUGAUUUCAGCUUACAAUGACAUGCAUUAAAUAGGUUAUUUAAGCUUACAAGGACAUGCAUUCCAUAUGUGAUUUCAGCUACAAGGAUAUGUAUUCCAUAUAUGAUUUCAGAUUACAAGGAUAUGUAUUCCAUAUAUGAUUCCAGCUUAAAGGGACAUGUAUCCAUAUGUGAUUUCAGCUUAUAAUAACAUGCAUUACAUAGGUUAUUUAAGCUUACAAGGAUAUGCAUUCUAUAUGUGAUUUAAGCUUUAAGGGACAUGCAUACCAUUCGUGAUUUCAGCUUACAAUAACAUGCAUUACAUAGGUUAUUUCAGCUUAUAAAGUCAUGUGUUCUAUAUAUGAUUUCGGCUUACAAGCAUAUGUAUUCCAUAUAUGAUUUCGGCUUACAAGGACAUGCAUUACAUCUUUGAUUUCGGCUCACAAGGACAUAGAGUCAAUAGCUAAUCUAGGCUUUUAAGGAUAUACAAUCUUUGCGUAAUUGAUCCUUAUAUGUAAUCCAAGUUCCCUUCAGUGACGUACGCGUACACUAUUGAUGUUAUCCCCGCUUUAAGGAAUGGGACAUUCUUUUCUUUCAGUGUCUUCUGUAUACAUGUACCAAUCUGUCCCAACAACCAUGUUAUCUUUAUUCGACACCGGAAGUCGUUAUUUAUUUAUCUGUGGAUGGUCAUUUAAGGUAUUCUCGGAUUUAGGAUAAUUUAAUUCAUGGAUAUCAAAUGAAGAUAUUCUGGCAAAUAGUUAUUAUAACUAUUAUAUGUUACCGGAAGUGAUGUAAUAAUGAGAUAUUAGGAAUUGGCGUUUCUGGAUGAGUUGAAAAUUUUGGAACAUAAAUAUGUAUUCCUUUAAAAAUGGCAUGAGUUAUUUUUACGAAUAUAAAAACACAUGAGUACUCACAUUUUUGUUGUAAAAAAUCUGUAUACUUUUUUUGAGGAUUUUAUUAAAUGUUGAUGUAAA